AUGAACCAGCAGACAUGGGAAUGGGAGCGCACCGUGGACUCGCAAAGGUUCCUCGUCUCUAAUGCGCGAGAGCUGAUGCCGCCUUCGUUUGUUCAGGAAGCCUUUGGAACCAAGGCCAUGUUCUGGACGGAUCCGUUCUCCGACGAAACUACACGCGCAAUGCUCGACAACUCCCUAACGCUUGGAGUCUACAAACUCUCGGACUCUGGCCAGAGAGAGCCUAUUGGCAUGGCAAGAAUGAUUACUGAUUACACGACGAUCGCAUUUCUGACCGAUGUCUACAUCGCGGACACCUAUCGAGGCUUCGGACUGGGCAAAUGGAUGAUCCACUGCUGUCGAGAGGUGGUGCUGGAGAUGAAGAACCUGCGCUUCAUGGUAUUGUUCACGGGCGAGAAGAGUCUGCUGAAAUUCUACAGCGACCAGCUUGGCAUGGAAGUAGUGAGCAGCGGGCCCGAGUCUUCACUGACGUGCAUGCGCGCGCGGACUAAAAACCUCGCCGAGGCGGCGGCUGCCUCGCAGCGGACCACUGACGAACCGAGCACUAUGCAAUCAUAG